CAAAACCAAAAGUAAAACGAUCCUCAACCAAUAAAAAUGAGACACGUACAACAUAAAACAUCUCCAAUUACACUCCUACUACUACUUCCCACAUGUCCCCAAAUAACCAUCUUCCGACACAGAUUCACUGCAUCACGCCACAAACAUCGGCACUUUGUAACCUUAACCUUAAAAAACAACAGCAACAACAACAACAACAGAUCCCAAUCAAAAAAACCAUCUUUUUUAUUAAACCCAAAUGACCACCCAUUGAUAGAUCCAUCAAACCCCAUAAAAAUGUCAUCUUAUUUGUUUAUAGCAUUACUUAUAAUUCUAUGGUACUCAUCAAACAUUGGUGUACUUCUUUUGAACAAACUUUUAUUAUCAAACUAUGGUUUCAAAUUUCCAAUCUUUUUGACAAUGUGUCAUAUGUCAGCUUGUGCAAUCUUGAGUUAUGUAUCUAUAGUUUUUCUUAAAGUUGUCCCAUUGCAAAAGAUCAAAUCAAGAUCACAGCUUUUAAGGAUUGCUUGUCUGAGUGUUGUGUUUUGUGGGUCUGUUGUUGGUGGGAAUAUUUCAUUAAGAUAUUUGCCUGUUUCUUUUAAUCAAGCUGUUGGUGCUACCACACCUUUUUUUACUGCAUUGUUUGCUUAUUUGGUGACUUUGAAAAGAGAAGCUUGGAUUACUUAUGGUGCUCUUGUUCCUGUUGUUACUGGUGUUAUUAUUGCUAGUGGGGGUGAGCCAAGUUUCCACUUAUAUGGAUUCAUUAUGUGUAUAAGUGCGACAGCUGCUAGGGCCUUCAAGUCAGUUCUUCAAGGCAUCCUACUUUCUUCUGAGGGGGAAAAGUUAAAUUCCAUGAAUCUGUUGCUGUAUAUGUCCCCGAUUGCCAUUGCUGUUUUAUUACCCGCUGCACUUGUAAUGGAACCUGAUGUCAUAGAUGUUACCCUUUCUCUCACAUUAAAUCAUAAAUUCAUGUGGCUAUUGCUUUUGGUUAAUUCAACGAUGGCUUAUGCAGCCAACUUGACUAACUUCUUGGUGACUAAGAACACAAGUGCAUUGACACUACAGGUACUUGGGAAUGCCAAAGGGGCUGUAGCUGUUGUUAUCUCGAUACUCCUUUUCAGAAACCCAGUAACAUUUGUUGGUAUAGCUGGUUACUCGAUGACUGUUAUGGGAGUGGUUGCUUAUGGGGAAGCUAAGAGGAGAUACCAAUGAUAUUUGCAAUCGCUAUAUAUAUGAACCAAAUAUUGUAGAAGCAUUUUUAGCUAGUGGAGUAUGUUAUUCAGUAUUCACUAUGAUAUAAUAUGAUUAGAAGUUGCAGCAGAGGCAAGGUAUAUUUGUAUCAGGUUUAAUGGUCUCACCAAGCACCAUGACUAAUUGAUUUUUACAAGCAUAUAGUCAUAUAGAGAAAAGUUUUGCAUGUGGCUUCCACACUAGCAGAUGUAACCUUUGAUCGUUUUCCGAUGAAAUUUUCAUUCGGUUUGUGGUAUUUAGCUGGUGUAGCCAAAUUGGAUUGUAUCUAGAAGUCUAUAUUAUUACAUUUCUUACUAUUGUUAUUGGAAUGGUAUUGCACAA